AUGAAAUUGUUGGUGCCUGAGGAGGAGGAAGAUGAUAUCCUGCAGAGUUGCAACAAGGUGACAACACAGGUACAGACGUGCCGGGAUGUUCUGUGCGGGGCCGGGGCGGGGAGGCGGCGGCGAUGGCGGGGAUGGCGGGGGCACCGCUUCGGGGCGCUGCGCCAGGAGUGCCUGCAGGGGGGGCGGCUCUCCCAGGACCCCUCCUUCCCCGCCGGCCCCACCGCCCUCGGCUGCCGGGAGCUGGGGCCCCGCUCGCACAAGACACAGGGCAUCGUCUGGCGUAGACCCAUGGAGCUGUGUCCCAACCCCCAGUUCAUAGCCGGUGGAACCACUUGCACAGACAUCUGCCAAGGGGCCUUAGGGGACUGCUGGCUCUUGGCAGCCAUUGCUUCUCUCACCCUGAACAAAGAAAUUCUGGCCCGUGUUGUUCCCAAAGACCAGAGCUUCCAGGAUAAAUCUGCAGGAAUUUUCCACUUCCAGUUCUGGCAGUAUGGGGAGGUGGUGAAUGUUGUGGUGGACGACAGGCUGCCCAGCAAGAACGAGGAGCUGCUCUUUGUGCACUCGGCAGAGGGCAGAAAGUUCUGGAGUGCGCUGCUGGAGAAGGCUUAUGCCAAGCUGAAUGGCUCAUAUGAGUCCCUCUCUGGUGACACCACCACCGAAGGCUUCGAGGAUUUCACUGGUGAGGCUCAUACCAUUGCGGAAUGGUAUGAGCUGCAGAAGCCACCCCUCAACCUCUUCAAGAUCAUUCAGAAGGCACUCCAGAAAGGCUCUCUCCUUGGCUGCUCCAUUGAUAUCACCAGCGCUGCAGAAACAGAAGCAGUCACUUCCCAGAAGCUGGUGAAGGGACACGCGUACUCGGUCACCGGGGCAAAGGAGGUGAACUUCUGAGGAACAGUGCAGAAGCUGAUCAGAAUCCGAAAUCCCUGGGGAGAAGUGGAGUGGACUGGGAAAUAGAAUGACAAGUGCCCAAACCAGAGUGUUGUUGACCCUGAGGUGCGGGAGUGACUGACCAGGAGACACCAAGAUGGGGAAUUUUGGUGAAUGGUGUUCAAUGACUUCCUGAGGCAUUACUCCCGCCUGGAGAUCUGCAACCUGACUCCAAACACCCUGGCAAGUGACAGGUACAAAAAGUGAAGCCUGUGGAAGCUGGAUGACAACUGGAGGCAAGGAGCCACCGCAGGGGGCUGUAGGAACUACCCAAACACAUUCUGGAUGAAUCCUCAGUAUUUAAUCAAGCUGGAGGAGGAAGAUGAGGACCUCGAUGAUCCUGAGGGGGGCUGCACUUUCCUCAUUGGGCUGAUGCAGAAGCACAGAGAUCGGAAGCAGAGGAAGAUGGGAGAGGACAUGCACACCAUCAGCUUUGCGAUUUAUGAGGUGCCCCCAGAGUUUUCUGGCCAGACAAAUAUUCAUCUGAGCAAAAACUUCUUCCUGACCAACAAAGCCCAGGAAAAAUGCAACACCUUCAUCAGCCUCCGGGAGGUGCUGAACCGGUUCGAGCUCCCUGCAGGAGAAUAGAUCAUCGUGCCCUCCACCUUUGAACCCAACAAGAAUGGGGACUUCUGCCUCAGAGUCUUCUCUGAAAAAAAUGCCAACUCCACGGUGAUAGAUUAUGAAAUUGAAGGCAAUUAUGAUGAGACUGAGAUCAGUGAAGAUGACAUUGAACCCAGCUUUAAAAAGCUUUUGGGGCAGCUAGCAGGAAACGAUGCAGAGAUCUCUGCCUUCGAACUGCGCAGCAUCCUGAAUAAAAUCCUGGCUAAACAUGAGUGUAUUAAAUCUGAUGGCUUUAGUAUUGAGACAUGCAAAACAAUGGUUGACCUGUUAGAUAAUGAUGGGAGUGGCAAACUGGGACUGAAGGAGUUCCACCCCCUCUGGACAAAGACUCAGAAAUACCAGAAAAUUUACAGAGAAAUUUAUGUGGAUCAAUCGUGUACCAUGAACUCGUAUGAGAUGAGGAGGGCAUUGGAAACAGCAGGGUUCAAACUGAACUGCCAUUUACAUCAGGUCAUCGUGGCUCAUUUUGCUGAUGAGGAUCUCAUCAUUGACUUUGACAACUUUGUGCGCUGUUUGAUUCGGCUCAAAACCUUGUUCAAAAUGUUUAGAAAAUUGGAUACAGAAAAAAGUGGGACAAUAGAAUUGAACCUUGUGAACUGGCUGUGUUUUACUGUCAUUUGA